AUUCAUUAAAAAUGUUUUAAUUUCGGGACGGAAACAAUCUUUUCUUUGGUCGUAAAUCUGCAAAUAUUUCUUUGUUGGACCUUCGAAUGCAUUCAAAUCAUUGCGCGGGUGAAUUUGUUGAUUCUGCAAAAAAGUAUUAACACAAAUGGAGUCUGGACAUCUCAAUUCUUCACAUAAACUUCCUUGUUUCGUUGAUGCAAAUGAACAAUUUAUAUUUGCUGUUGGCGAGGAUUUAAUUGUUCGUGGUUGGUCUUUACAUACAGGGGAGUUGUUAUGUGUUGUACGUAGUCCAGCAGUCCACAAUCAAAUUAGGGUAACUUCCGAUUGCAAUUUCACCAAUGGAGUUGACUUUCCGAGAAUGGUCUACAGCAAUUCGUGGUAA